GACUAGCACGACGAUUAAUGAAACAAUUCUAUAACGACCAGUCAUUAUUCUGUGCUGUUGUCGGCAGAGAGUGCUUAAUAUGUGUACAUAUUUGAAAUUCAGAUGUAUGUGAGCAGAUUCAUGUAGAGUAUAAAGACAGAUUAUUGUUGAUAAGGAAAUAUUAACAGACCGAUCGGCACGAUCUGAUUUUCACGAACCCUAAUCACUUAAUCACUAAUAGAAUAGUUCCAAGAUGGCUCAAUAUGCACAAAGUGGUUUUCAAACAGCAGGUUAAGAAACAAAUUCUUUUACAAAGCAUUACUGGGGCUUGAGAAAUAGAUGCUUAGAGCAAUCUUCUAACAUCAGAGAGUUUGUUCAACAAUGAAUAACAAAGAUGAUGCUACUUAUUCUACACUAAAUGAAGUAAUAGAAGAUGAGGAUUCUGGUCCAGCACAGAACAUAACCUCAACAACUUCUGUGUGCACAAUAGCAUCUUCAGUCUCCACCCUUGUAGUAUCAGAGGAUGGCAACAAUGGUUUUGGAACAACAGAACCAAACAGCUGUGGUGCAGAGCAAGACCAGUGCCCUAGAAAGAAAAAGAGACUGUCUGGGAAUCUAAACAAUGCUGUGUCAAAAACUACAAAUUCUUUCAUUGCCAGUUCCACUGUAAGCUAUCCUCCUAUUCCACAUUUCCGGACUCCGCCAGAUAUGGAAUGUACCCUAUCAGGCUGUCUCCCCUUGGUCAAUCACACAGCUCCAGUACAAAGCAACUCAAAUGUAAGCAGGUUAAAUACAGAAGAUAAAAACAAACCUGAAGUGGACAGCAUUACAGAAGCUGAUGAGAUCAGACAUAAUCUUAAAUGCAGUGAUGACAGAUGCUGGAAGCCUAUAUUGCAGCCAACAGUGGCUGCAUUUCCAUUCGUCCAUUUAUGAUGGAAAGAGGGGAUUAUGCAUGUGAAAGAGAGUCCUGUUUCAGGGUGGAAGCUGUUGCUUCAAAAAUGCUUGGUGCUUCUCCAGUGCAUUAUCAUUUUCUUAAUGAUAAGCAAUUGGCCUCCCAACAUUACAGACCUAUAGACACAGAACUGCAUAUGUCAACAGCAAUAUCACAUUUUUCUGAAACAGUUGGGGAUAAAAAUUUGUCAAAAACAGUGCCUGUGAAAUAAACAUGCCAAUGAAAAGAAGAAGAUGCAGGAAGAUGAACAAAGAUAACAAAAAUGAUAAGUGGCAACUGAAUGUGGAAAUAGGUCUUCCAUCUCUUAACAAUGAUGAUAGUGGAUGGGAUGAAGACAGUAGUAGUAGCGGCAGCAGCAGCAGCUGUAACUUUGAUGACAGCACGAGCCAGCAACAAAAAUGGAGUAAUCUAAAGAAAAGUCACAAAGAGCCACAGAGUUUAAAAGGAACAGAUGGAGGCAACACAAACAUCUAUGAUCUUCCAGACAGCAUCCUUUUAAACAUCUUCCUUUGGUUGCCAUUGGCUAUACGACUAGGUGUCCUAUGCCGAGUGUGCAAGAAAUGGCAAGCAGUGGUAGGGGAUCCAUCUCUUUGGCGGCAGUUAGAUCUAAGGGAUUGCCUAGGCUUAAAGACAGUACCUUAGUUCAACUGACCUCCCUGAGCGACAGGGUAUAUUCACUAGAUAUGUCAGAUGGCAAGAGCACCCUUGUGACAGAUGUCGGUAUCCAGAAAGUACUCAAACAGUGUCCUUUUCUGAAGACAGUUAAGAUGUCCAGGUCAUUCUACUUGUCAGAUGAAUCUUUUGCCAGUUUGGGGAUUCACUGUAAGAAUCUCACUUCAAUCAGCCUUGAUGGAUGUUUUACCUUAACAGACACUGCGUUGAAAGAGAUCAGCGGAGGCUGUCCCCUCCUGCAAGAACUGAACAUCAGCCAGUGCAGCAAGGUGUCAGAUGAAGGGGUGUGUGCAGUUGCCACAGGAUGCCCUGAUCUUAAAAGAUUCCGCCUCGACCAGUGUGUCAAGGUCACAGAUGUUGGGAUUAUAGCACUUGCUGAAUAUUGCACUAACCUGGAGUACCUUCACAUGCUGUCAUGUAGUCUCACAGAUGCUGGCAUUAUACAUCUAAAGAAGUUACAGAAACUGCAAGUUCUAGACUUGUCUAAUGUGACACAGCUUAGUCCCCGCUGCUUGGAAGCUGUGGCAGUCAACUGCCCACGACUGGAAACAUUGUGCGUCUCACUCAACCGUGCAGUUGAUGAUAAGUGUAUGCGUGCCAUAGCAUUAGGGUGUCCUUUGCUAAGAUGUCUCUCCUGUGUUGCAUGUGGGCUAACAGAUACAGGUCUUCAAUACCUUGGAAAAUAUGCUCGGAACCUGGAACGCCUUGAUGUUGCCUGGUGUGGCGAUAUCACAGAUGCAGGCAUUAUUGCUAUUUCUGAAACUGGUUCAUCUCUGCGCUAUCUUGGCUUUAUGCGCUGUGGCCAAGUCACUAUGGAGACCAUUGAAGGAUUGUUAGAACAGUUCCCUCAUAUACAAUAUUCCAAUUUUAUUCUGGAAUCCAGGAAGCUCCUUGAACGUGCUGAACAAGCUGGAUUUCUAUGCCAGUCAGAUGAUGAGUGAUUGUGGACGAAUUGCAGUUAGUGAAAGAUGUAAUACUGAUAUCUCAGCUCUGAUGGGCAAAACCUCCCAUGAUUUUGUGAUGAUCGCAUAAUAGUUCGUUUGCUAUAGAUUGUAGUUUGUUGUUGACUAUAAACUUCCAAAGAAUUUAUUUACAUUUAUGUCAUAUUGAUUCACUAAUUACAUUGUAUUCUGUGUGUAUAUCUUAUGGUUUGAAUAUAUGCAGCUUUUAACGAUAGUUUUACCAUCCAAAAUUGAACACAUUGCUUGCAGUAGUAGGUUUGUGUGAUGGAACAUGUAGCUGUCUGCAUGGAUAUGGUUUAGUAUGUCAGAUAUUACGAUAGGAAGACUAUUUUGUGAGAUAAUGUCCAUAUGUGCAUGUUUGUUGUGAUGGUACAGGUAUGAAUACAUGACUGAGCUAUGCAUAUGUUUCAUGAUGCAGAUUAAUAUUCAGCAUGGUUUACAAACUGAAUUGAGCAUGUGGUGAAAACACUGCCCAGCAGAUGUAAGUGUUGAAAACCCAUUGAAGAUUUUGCAGCAUGUGAUUAUGACUUGACAGAGGUGAACAUUUUAUCCUAUUUAAAAAUAGGUUAUUUACA